AUGUCUGGAAAGGGUUUGGCGUAUGGAACGGCAGCCAUUAAGGUCGGCGGAACGACAUCAGCAGGAACGACGACCGUAGGUGGAGCGUUGGUCUUGUACCUUCCUGAAGACAUUUCAGACCCAAGACUAUCCGCUCUUCCGCAAGUUAUCAUUUCGCAUCAUUUCUUGGCAAAAGCAACACUUCAAGGUCUUGUAUACUACAAUGGAGUAUGGGAUAAAGAUUUAAAUUACUCCAACUAUAAGGUGAAAGGAAUAAUAAUAAAGGAAGACAUAAACUUUCAAAAACUGAAGGAAAUGAUAGCUGGAAUACUGAAGGAAAUGCGAGUAACCAAAUUUCUUUUGUGUGUUACUAAUAAAGUAUGCGAAGAACAGUGGCAAUCACCGGAACCUGAAAGCUUCAAUUCUGCCACAAUGAUUGAAGGACAGUCAGAAAAUAUGAUCUCCAGUGAAACAACAAUGGAUAUUGUCAAAUAUGCUGAAAUUUUGGGAGAACAGAAUAGCAAAGAAGAAGAAAAAGCUGAGAGAACACCAGAAGACAUCUCAAUGGUCACUGAACCUAGUAUAAAGGAUAUAUAUGUCGGACAGAUCUUUAAAGAUAAAAAGAUCAUGAUAACUAGUUUUUGUUUUUACACAAUUGCUAACCACUUUCAAUAUAAAGUGAGUAAAUCAUGCCCGAAGGAAUAUAUAGUCAAUUGCUUAGACGACAAUUGCAAGUGGACUGUAAGAGCCUCAAGAGAUGGAAAGACAAGUAUGUUUGUUGUUAGAAGAGUGAAUAACAUCCACACCUGUCCACCAGAAAUUAGAAUGGAAGACAAACGACAAGCUACAUCAUUAAUAAUUGGGGAAUAUAUAAAAACAAAGUUUUUGGAUGUUAAAACAAUUUAUACCCUAUCAGACAUAAUUGCAGACAUACAAAAAGAUUUUGGGGUGAUUUUGAGUUACAAUAGGGCAUGGAGAUCAAAAGGAAAGGCGCUAGAUCAGAUUAGAGGUAAUCCAUGUGACUCAUAUUCUAUUUUGCCAAAAUUUCAACACAUGCUUUUACAAACUAAUCCGGGGUCAGUAGUAGAUAUACAUACAACCGAUGGAAAAUUUGAAUAUGUUUUUAUGGCUCUCGAUGCAUCCAUAAAAGGUUGGAAGUACUGUAGGCCAGUGAUUGUAGUCGAUGCGACAUUCUUAAAAUCAACCUAUCGUGGAAUGUUAUUGACAGCAUCCACCCAAUAUGGGAAUGGUAAGAUUUUUCCACUAGCAUUUGUUGUUGUUGAUUCUGAAAAUCAUGCUUCUUGGGAAUACUUUUUUGCAAAAUUACUGGAAACUUUUGGUCGGAGGGCUGGAUUGUGUAUAGUAUCAGAUAGGCACGAUAGCAUAUCUGAGACAGUCAAAAACAUUUUUCCAGAAGCAAGUCAUGGAAUUUGUGCAUACCAUUUACUAAACAAUGUUAAACUAAAGUUCGGAAAGAAAACAAAUGCAAAAGCGUUGAGAGAGUGUUUCUAUGGAGCUGCAAAGUCUUACUCAGUUCAGUCUUUUGACUAUUUCAUGGGACAACUAGAUGCUAUAAAUGUUGCAAUUCGACCCUAUUUGGAAAAAAAUUGGGGUCAAAAAAUGGGCAAGAUCACAUUGCAAAGACAAUAG